GCCCGGAUGCGAACCCGGGCCCUGGGGGCGGCUCUGCGCACGGGCAGGCGGGGGGCGUCGCGCUCCCCCUCCCCGGGCAGCGCCGGCCGCAGCGAUUAUCCCGAUUCUUCCCCCGCUGUGACCUCCCGGAUGGAGAGAGGGGAAGAGCCGAGCGUCCCGGAUCUCCAGGGCUCCGAGGAAAGGGAGAUCUCAGGAGCGGAGCGGACGUCGCCGGAGGACAAACCUCCCCAGGACCCCAAGCUCGCCGGCCCCGAGUGGCCGUGGGAGAACCUUUCCUGGACCCAAGCGGGCCGCCCGCCCCGCCUCGAGCCCCCGUCCUCCUCCGCCCGGCCCCCUGCCCCGCCGCAGCGCAAGGGCGAGCGCCCCUACAUCUGCAACGAGUGCGGGAAGAGCUUCACCCAGUGGUCCAAGCUGGUGCGGCACCAGCGCAUCCACACGGGCGAGCGGCCCAACACCUGCACCGAGUGCGGGAAGAGCUUCACCCAGAGCUCCCACCUGGUCCAGCACCAGCGCACCCACACCGGCGAGAAGCCCUACCGCUGCUCCGAGUGCGGCAAGAGCUUCAGCUGGAGCUCCAACCUCAUCCAGCACCAGCGCACCCACACCGGCGAGAAGCCCUACCAGUGCGGGGAGUGCGGCAAAGCCUUCAGCCAGAGCACCAACCUCAUCAAGCACCAGCGCUCCCACACCGGCGAGAAGCCCUACCAGUGCGGCGACUGCAAGAAGAGCUUCUACCGCAGCUCCGACCUCAUCCAGCACCAGAUCACCCACACCGGCGAGCGGCCCUUCAAGUGCGCCCAGUGCGGCAAAGGCUUCACCCAGAGCGCCAACCUGGUCAAGCACCAGAAGAUCCACGCCGGGGAGAAGCCCUUCCGGUGCACCGAGUGCGGGAAGACGUUCAUCCAGAGCUCGGAGCUCAUCCAGCACCAGCGCACCCACACCGGCGAGAAGCCCUACGAAUGCCUGCAGUGCGGGAAGAGCUUCGGGCACAGCGCCACGCUGGUCAAGCACCAGCGGCUGCACAUGGGGGUGGAGCCCUACAAGUGCCCCACCUGCCACAAGACCUUCGGGCUCAGCUCGGCCCUGGCCCGCCACCAGCGCUGCCACACCGAGGAGCGGCCCUACGCCUGCGCCGAGUGCGGGCAGAGCUUUAGCCUCAGCUCCAACCUCACCCUGCACAUGCGGAUCCACCGGGGCGAGAAGCCCUACCGGUGCGGGGAGUGCGGGAAGAGCUUCGGCAUGAGCUCCACCCUGAUCCGGCACCAGCGGAUCCACACCGGCGAGAAGCCCUACCAGUGCGCCGAGUGCGGGAAGAGCUUCGUCCGCAGCUCCCACCUCAUCCAGCACCGCCGCACCCACACCGGCGAGAAGCCCUACCGCUGCGGGGAGUGCGGCAAAGCCUUCAGCCAGAGCUCCAACCUCAUCACCCACGAGCGCAUCCACAUGGAGGAGCGGCCCCACGUGUGCCACGAGUGCGGCCAGCGUUUCGCCGAGGAGGAGGCCCUGCAGCGGCACCAGGAGGAGGGGCAUAGCGGCGGGGCGGGAGGCAGGGGGCUCGGGGAGAGCCGGGAGGCUUGCAUCUGCAACGAUUGCGGGAAAAGCUUUGGCGAUAGCUCAGCGCUGGCCAAGCACCGGGAGAUCCAUUCAUCUUGCAUCUGCAACGAUUGCGGGAAAAGCUUUGGAGAUAGCUCAGUGCUGGCCAAGCACCGGGAGAUCCAUUCAUCUUGCAUCUGCGACGAUUGCGGGAAAAGCUUUGGAGAUAGCGUCGCGCUGGCCAAGCACCAGUUAACCCAUGUGUCUUGCAUCUGCAACGAUUGCGGGAAAAGCUUUGGCGAUAGCUCAGCGCUGGCCAAGCACCAGGAGAUCCAUUCAUCUUGCACCUGCGACUAUUGUGGGCAAAGCUUUGGAGAUAGCUUAGCAUUGGCCAAGCACCAGAUAACCCAUGUGUCUUGCAUCUGUAACGACUGCGGGGAAAGCUUUGGCGAUAGCUCAGCGCUGGCCAAGCACCAGGAGAUCCAUUCAUCUUGCACCUGCAACGAUUGUGGGCAAAGCUUUGGAGAUGGCGUCGCGCUGGCCGAGCACCGGGAGAUCCAUGCCCCAUGCAUCUGCCCGGAGUGCGGGCAGAGCUGUAAGGACAGCGCUGCCCUGACCCGGCACCAGAUCACCCACAUGCGUGAAAAGCUUUACAAGUGCCCCGAUUGCGGGCAAAGCUUUGGCGACAUCUCUGCCCUCACUCAGCACCAGAGGAACCACAUCAGGGAGAAGCUGAGGUGCCCCGACUGCGGGCAGGGGCUCGGGGUGAGCUCGGCUCCGGCCCCAGCUAAGCCCUUCCACGAGUGCUCGGCGGCCGGUGCCCACGAAAGAAGCCACGCCGAGGGGGAGCCCGUCCGUGACAGCUCAGAGCUUGGUGUCCACGAAAAAGGCCACCCCAGGGUGGAACCGUCCCACGCGGCUCCAGGCGUCCACCAAAGAGGCCGGGCCGCGGCAGAUCCCUUCCCCGACGGCUCAGCCAGCGGCGGCCGCCCCGGCUCGGGCGAAAUGGCCAGCCUCAUCCAGCGCCCGGCCACCGAACCCUACAAGUGCCACGACUGCGGCCGGAGCUUUGCCGAGGGCUCAGGUCUCUCCCGCCACCUGGCCUCCCACCCCAAGCCCUUCCGGUGCCCGCAGUGUGGGCGCGGCUUCCCGGACGCGGCAGCCCUGGCCCAGCACCGGGAGGUCCACGCUGGAGGGGAGCCGGCCGGGUCCGGGGAGAAGAGCCGCAAGAGCUGUGCCGAGAUCUCAGCCAUCCUCUUGCGCCAGGGAAACCACGUGGCUGGGCGUGGCCCACGGAGGCACGCGGCAGACGGCUCCCUUCCUCCCGGCGGCUCGGCCCUGGCUCGGCCACGCCUCCAGCCCUCGGGCCGCGGCCCGGCCACGGCCGCCCGCCGGGACGGGAGGAUGUCUCUGGCACGUCCGGAAUGUGGCAAAGGCUCCCAGGGGGGCUCCGUGCUCCUACAACACCUCCAGAACCACGUGGGGGACAGGGUGUGA